CAGUGGAAGUGGUGUUUCAGUGGAAGGCAGAGGAAUAGGAUUCAGCCAGCUCCACUAGAACAGAUGAAGGAGACUGUCAGGUCAGCCAGCCCUAACGUAAAACUUAGGAGCACUGGAGAGAACAAACAGGAAGCUCUUCGUUCUCAAGAGACGCCCUCCACCACCUCCUGCAUUGCUGCUCCGGGAGCAGACCUUAGGUCCACUAAACUAGUGUUGGUGGACUAUGUGGAGGAUGAGGAUCAGACAACAGAAGACACCAGAAAGGUUCUUUCAUCUCUGUCUUUUGCCAGCACAAUUACUCCAAAUAAUCAGGUUAAAGUUGCUUGGUCCAAACGCCCAGAGGACCCACCUCUGACUGAAUCUACAACUGACGAGUUCCAGGAAGAGAUUAGCUCUUUUUUGAGUCAACAGUCCACUGACUCUGAAGAGGAGGAUGAAGAAACCUUCCGCCAGAGCUCUUUGGAACAGUCUCAAUCUGUCUCUGAGUGUCUCAGCAAUAACCAAAAUGAUGCUGAGGAGACUAAGACAAAGAGGAGCAACCACUUCUCCCGCUUCUUCUGCAAAAUCUUCUCAAAGAAUAACCAGGAGGAAAAGGAGAAGAAGGUUUCAGCAGAGAAUCAGACCAAGCAGCCUCCCUUUUGGAUGUGGCUGUUGUUCUGCGGUGCGAGCGGCUGUCGCCUUGACGAGUAAAGAACAGGAUCAGGGCCAGACUCUACUGGUGUGACAAUAAUCGCUCCUUUUUUGACUUUCACAAAUAUGAUUGUGAGAAGAGCUCGGAGUAGAGUCGCUGCUCCUUUGCAUUGAAAGGAGCCAGUUAAGGUGGUACGGUACAUCUGGAAGGAUGCCUCCUGGGUGCCUCCCUAGGGAGGUGGUCCAGGCACGUCCAGCUGGGAGGAGGCCUCGGGGAAGACCCAGGUCUAGGUGGAGAGAUAUUAUCUCCAACCUGGCCUGGGAACGCCUCAGGAUCCCCCAGUUGGAGUUGGUUGAAGUGGAUCGGAAAAGGGAAGAUUGGGGUUCCCUGCUGGAGCUGCUACCUCCGCGACCCGUCACCGGCUAAGCAGAUGAAGACGGA